AUGGGCGGCGGGGCGCGGGAGCUGGCCGGGUACCUGGCGGCGCUGGGCGGGUGGGUGGCAGCGCUGGCGGCGGCCGUGCUGCCUCAGUGGAGGCAGAGCUCGUACGCGGGGGACGCCAUCAUCACGGCCGUGGGGCUUCACGAGGGGCUGUGGAUGAGCUGCGCCGCCCAGAGCACCGGGCAGGUCCAGUGCCGCCUCCACGACUCGCUCUUCUCCCUCGACGUUCACAUCCAGACCUCCCGGGCUCUCAUGGUGAUUUCUCUCCUCCUGGGCUUCUUCGGCAUCAUUGUGAGCGUGGUGGGCAUGAAAUGCACCAAAGUUGGCGAAGAGGAUCCCGUUACCAAAAGCCGCAUCGCUGUUGCUGGAGGUGUCCUCUUUGUCCUCUCCGGUCUGUGCACGUUGGCCGCCGUGUCCUUGUAUGCCACACAGGUGACCUACGAGUUCUUCGAAAAGAGCACCGUCCCCAUCAACGCCAGGUACGAACUUGGCUCUGCUCUCUUCAUCGGCUGGGGGGCCGCCAGCCUCACCAUGCUGGGGGGCUCCCUCCUGUGCUGCUCCUGCCCCGCCAAGGAGCGGCGAGGACAGCAGUACUACCGGCAGUCGCAGCCUUCGACGGCUCGGGAACCCCCUGUAAAAAUGUCUUCUUCACCCAUCAGGGGAGAGCAGUGCUUAUAG